UGAUGCAAAGCAUACACUUAUAGCUUUGGCUCCUCUGUUUUGAAUUGGUGUGUGUCAAAAAUGGUGAAGAUAGCUUUUGGUAGAUUUGAUGACUCUUUUAGCGUUACCUCCCUUAAGGCUUAUCUAGCAGAAUUCAUUGCCACUUUACUUUUCAUCUUUGCUGGCGUUGGAUCAGCCAUCGCUUACAAUGAGCUUACAUCGGACGCAGCAUUGGAUCCAACGGGUCUGGUUGCAGUUGCUUUGGCCCAUGCAUUUGCACUAUUUGUAGGCGUGUCCAUUGCAGCCAACAUCUCAGGCGGCCAUUUGAACCCUGCUGUCACACUUGGAUUGGCGGUUGGAGGAAACAUCACCCUCCUCACCGGUUUCUUUUACUGGAUUGCUCAAUUGCUUGGCUCCAUUGUCGCAUGUCUCCUCCUCAAUUUUAUCACCUCCAAGAGCAUUCCAACUCAUGGACUAGCUUCUGGAGUGAACCCUGUUGGAGGUGUGGUGUUCGAGAUUAUUGCAACUUUUGGAUUGGUUUACACUGUUUAUGCCACUGCAGUUGAUCCCAAAAAGGGUUCAUUGGGUACCAUUGCACCUAUCGCUAUUGGGUUCAUAGUUGGUGCCAACAUCUUAGCCGCUGGGCCGUUCAGUGGCGGGUCGAUGAACCCAGCCCGAUCAUUUGGUCCAGCUGUGGUUAGUGGAAACUAUGUUGAUAUCUGGAUCUAUUGGGUUGGCCCAUUAAUUGGAGGAGCCUUGGCUGGGUUGGUUUACGGUGGCGCUUUCAUUUGUCCCCAUCACCCCAUCCCGACCUAAGAAACCUACCCUUAAAUGAAAUUGUUCUUGCCAUGAAUUGUUCAACUGUUUGCUGCCUUAAACCUCUUAUUUCUCUUGGCUCUUUUUUUUUCCUGGUUUUAAAAAGUUGUAUCUUUAAUUAUUUGUAAGUAUUUGUUGCUUGUAAUAAAACUGUAAAAAAAUGAUGCAUGUUGUUUUGA